UUUAUCAAAGCGGAUUCGUCACUGUGCGUUGCAGAUGGCGCAUCUAUCUGAUCGUCGAAAUUGACUAAUCGCGAAAAUAAUUCCAAAGAGCACGUAGAUUCCAAAGAGCAGGCCUGCGUAUCGCAUUAUCAGUUUGCCGUGUUUAUUGUUAAUCGCACGUUUCAGUGUGUAUUUGUGAUUUGUGUACGCGAGUGUCUCUCCGCGGCAGACGAGGCCUCACCUUCCAGUUCCACCAGUUGUUCACCAUCAUCGUCGCGAUGGCGAACGGUUACAGCGACUGCGAUAACGCUCGGCAAGAUCUGACCAGUGAGGAUAAGAGAUAUGCAGCGGCACAUUUGAACGAGACCGACGAGACUAGAGAGAGUGCCAUCGCAGAAAUGAGGCACUGGCUCAAGGAGAACGACAACUCGCUCGCGCAAAUCGAUGACUUCUUUAUCCUGCGAUUUUUGAGAGUCUGCAAGUUUAAUCUGGAGAAAACUAGAAUCAGGAUGCAAAACUAUUACAAGCAGAAAUCCCGCUUACCAGAAUGGUACAUGAAUAAAGAUCCGUGUCGUCCAGAACUGCAGGAAUUGCUUGAUAUGGGGGUGUUUUUGCCUCUGCGAAAGCCAGAUGGUCAAGGAAGAUUAGUUAUUGUGGUGUACGGCACUCGACAUGAUCCAAGAAAACACAAAAUAGCAGACUUGUGUACGAUCGGUAUUAUGGCGGUAGAGCUGGCGAUGAGGAAUUAUCCCGCAGCAUCCUUGUACGGCUGCUCAGUUUUUAUAAACGUGGCCAAUCCAACUAUGCGCCAUGCUCUCCAAUUGCAACCUCAAGUAAUAAUGAAUAUUGUCCACACGUGGCAAAGCUGUUAUCCUAUAAGGAUGCAAUCGAUAACCAUGUUCAACGCGCCCGAAUAUAUCGAUGUUGUUGCAAGGAUUUUCAGAUCUUUUAUGACUGAGAAGUUAAAGAACAGAUUUCAUAUCUACUCACACAGGACAACGCAGAACUGUUUUGAGGAUAUUCCAGCUAACAUCUUGCCCGUCGAAUACGGCGGCACUGAUGGUACGGUCCAGGAAUUAGCAGAAUAUUGGAAGAAAUUAAUCAUGGAGAACCGCGAUUGGCUCAUGGAUGAUGAGAACGACAACAUAAUAUGGAAGCAAUAGAUUUGCCGAUCAAAAAUUUUCCUCUUAUUGUUUCAAGGGGUAUGCUGACAAUCUGCAUUAAUUAUUGGCGACGAGCUGGAAGAAGAAAUGUAUAAUUUCUCGAUAGAAAAAUGAGACCAACAUCUGAACGAGAAGGUCAACGCGCAUUUUAGAAUUAGAUAGUGAAGAAAAAUAACGAAUUGAUAAAAAAUUCUACGCGAUUCUACGUAGCAGUUGCAUUAAAAUAUGCUGGGUGAAAUUCAAUUGCCGUUUAUUAAGUUCAGAAUAGUAAAACAAAGUUAUUUUUAAUCAUAUAAGAUGUUUAAAUUAUAACGGGAACUUAUAGUCAACCCAACUGGCUAGUUGCUUUAUUUAAAGUUGAUACAACGUUUUGACCCUGUAGUUUGGGUCCUUUUCAAGUAUUACUAAUUAAGUCAUCUUGUCGAAGUGACAGUGUCAAAUUGUAAAUUGAUGGUACAUGUGAGCGCUAUGAUUGUUGGGCUCGAACUGCUAUCAAUUGUAUAUACGUUUGUUAUUCAAUUUAGUUGUUUUAUAUCUAUAAUUGUUAUGCGUGCUUUAUCAGGGGCCUUUUAGGAUCCAUCUCUUCAAGACUUGGCAACGUUAAAGAAAGUUUGCUCUUAUAUACUUCAUUUAAUUUUGCUACAUGUAGAUCGCUUUAUUUUGUCCGUUGACAGUAUGUGCGAUCAGGAAAAAAAAUUCUUUGCUUCCUUUUUCCUUCCACGGCGCAAAAGACGCUUGAUAGUACCGUGCACGAGAACGGAUUAUGAAAUAACAUAAGACUACUCUGCAUUCUUAAAUUACGUAAAUGUAUAUGAAGGGAUAUUCGCUCUACUCGUUUUGCAAUUUGAAACGCACUUUUUCUAACAGUGCUUUAUCUUUUCAACUAUAAACACUCGACAUUAUAAUUUAUUAAAUUUACACAAAUAAAUUAUUAGUAACAACGUA